UAGAGGGACUCGAUCGAUCUGGCCUGCCACCCGAGCAGAGGAAAAAAAUACUUGCACGAGGACUCGAUCAAUCUGGCCUGCCGCACGGCGAUCACGCGGCGGCUGAUCUGGAUCGUCGCGGGUGGGCUGAGGAGUGGAAGACCGCCGUCGCCGGUGGCCGGCCUGGUGUUGGACGUCGCCGUUCUCCGCAUUGACGGCCGCCUCUAACCAUCCCGAUCUCCCACGCCAGCGGUUCCAACCCCGUCGUCUCCCACGUCGCGGUCGGCGGUUAGGGAAGUGGCCGGCCACGUCUUGGACAGUUGGACGUCGCCGUCUUCCGCAACGACGCCGCGUCCGUCGCCUGUAACCGUCCGGACGUCCCACGGCGCGUACAACACUCGUCCAAGACGCCGACGUUGACCUAACUCGUCCGCCGCCGCGGAUCCGUCAGUGUUGGUAGUAACGUGUGUUUAAAUGGACGAAGAAACCUCAUUUACGGCCGAUGAUAAUGGUACAAAUGAUGUCGGUCGGACCGAUAACGAUCCUAGUAAUGAAGAAGAUGACAACAGUGAUAACGAUUCGUGGUCAUCAUAUGAUAUCUUACCUUCAGAGGAUUUUGCAAAUAAUGAACAUGGUGCAGAUAGUGAAAACGAAGAUGUGGACGUUGAGAAUGAGCAAAAUAAUUUUGAGGAAUCGUGGGCCGAUAACUUGAGCCAGGAGGGUUCAGAUGGUCCUGAUGGUGGUGACGAUGAAGCAGAGAUGGACAUUGAGGAGGCUCAAUACCAGCAGCGCAUGUUGGAGACACAUUGGAAGGUCAUGGCUAUGACUUUUUGGUCACAAGGGGAUGCAUAUUUAUUCUACAACAAGCACGCCAAAGAACAUGGGUUCAGCAUCAGGAGAGAGAAGGUGAAACGAGGGAAGGGUGCUUCAGGAAUAAUACGGUUCAGGCAGUUUGUCUGCUCUAGGGCAGGGAGAAGGUAGAGGAAAUUCAUAACCAUAGAGGGUCGCACCCGCAGGCUUAGACCCGAGACUCGAUGCGAGUGCGGUGCGUAGAUGGUGGUAAAAUUGGACAGGGCACGAGGAGUUUGGUUCGUCGCGUCAUUCGUGGAUGAUCAUAACCACGCGAUGGCUCGACCCGACGAGGUUCCUUUUUUGUGGUCACACAGACGGAUUGGAGAUGGCACGAGGGCAGAGAUACUGGCUAUGCAAGGGGCUGGAAUCAGGAAGCAUAUAAUUGUGGACAACUUCAUCAGUAGGUACGGUUCAUACGACAAAUGCGGACUUAUUAGGCGGGACGUGUACAAUCUUUGCUGCAGAGAGAAGAUGAAGCUCAUAGCAAAGGGUGAUGCUGAGACGGCAGUGGGCAUUAUGAGGAGCAGAAAGGAGAAGGACCCAGACUUCUUCUUCGAGUACGAGCUAGAUAAGGAAGGGCGGUUGAAGUGUAUGUUCUGGUGCGAUGCACAGUCGCGGAGGGACUAUCAGGACUACGGAGAUGUGGUCGUGUUUGAUAGCACGUAUAAGAUGAACAGAUAUGGUAUGACGUUCGUCCCCUUCGUCCGAGUUAAUAACCACCGUUGCACAACAGUUUUUGGGUGUGCCAUUGUUUCCGACGAGACCGAAGUGACGUAUGUGUGGCUGCUCCAGACUUUUAUGAGGGCAAACUGUCAGCAGAAGCCAAAGUCAAUUAUCACAGACGGUGAUGCUGCAAUGCUCCGAGCGAUUCGGAGUGUCCUUUCAGAUGUGCUCCAUCGUAUUUGCUCGUGGCAUAUCGAGAAAAAUAUGCAGAGACACCUACAUUACAAGUCACUAGAUGAGUUUAGAUCGCUCCUGUACUAUGCCACCUUUGAAGAGAACUUUGAGAAGAGAUGGACUGCCUUUGUCAAUAAAUGGAAGACGGAUAAAACUGAAGAGUGGCUGAGGAGGAUGUAUAGGAAGAGGAGACUAUGGGCAGCAUCGUAUCUUUCAGAUGGCUUUUUUCUUGGUAUGCGUAGUAACCAGAGGAGCGAAAGCCUCAACUCCUCCCUUCACCUUCACCUCGACUAUGGUAUGACCAUUGUUGAUUUGGUAGUGCAUUAUGAGAACUGCAUAGUACGCCUCCGUGAGAACGAGGCGAAUGAUGACUGUGAGGCCAAUCAGAAAGUACCACCGGCGGUUACUGAAUAUAAGGACAUUGAGGAGCAUGCUGCCAAAGUAUUCACUCCUGCUAAUUUCUGCAUUCUGCAAAAUGAUUUGAAGAAGGUGGGAGAACUGGAGAUAUUUGAGACGCUGGUGGGAAUUGAGCGCCAGACCUUCAUCGUCACAUGGCAGAAUAACCACAAGUUUAGGUAUAAUGUUGUGUAUGAACCAGAUAACU